GACUGUUCUGUCGCUACUAAUAUACUAAUCUGAGUACAUAGAGGAAGCGACGUUAGCUGUAUUUUAUUUUAUUGCUCUGAACAAAAUUGCAGGUGAGCUCGAGAUCUAUUGUAGGAAGUAAUUCUGUGUUUCUUUACUUUCAUUGCGCCACACCGCUUUCUCCAUCACCAGACCCUUGCGCGUUUAUUCUUCCCCACAUCACCUGGGCAAGUUCUGAUUCUCUGUUUGCGGCCAAGCCAUCAUUAUGCCAUUAUCAACGAUUCAGCGACCCACGCGCCCGGCUAAGACAAGAUCAAUUGCAUGCCGACGUUGCCACGGUCGUAAAAUUCGUUGCUCGGGCACUCAGCCAUGCGACAAUUGCCACAACACGUCAGACUGUGUUUACCCCACGCGAGACCAUCAAGUUAAAGUCAACCAAAGCUAUCUAGACCGUCUCAUUCGGGAGAAUGAACAGCUUCGCCGCUUCCACUCGCCAGGUAGGGAUAGAUCGGGAUUGUCUGAAGAUUCAGAGACCCGAGCUCUAUCACAAGAUGAUACAGCUGGUGCUGCAGAGACCACCUUAAACCCCGUCCUGCGGGAUAGUCACUGGUUUGAACGCAUAGAGACAUCAGAGACGCCUAUCUGGAUCGGCGAAAUAUCCGACGCCGCCUUUGCUACGCGAGUUCGUCAGCUUAUUACUGCACCUCAACCCUCGAAUCACAUUCCUCGCACGCAUUUUGUUCCAAACGAGACUAUCUGGUUAUUAUCCCCACCGGUGCCGUCUCCAAUAUGGCCUUCAUCUAUACGAGCACAAUUCCUUGUAAAAGCAGCCUUGCGAGCACUUCGACGAAGCUUCCAUGUUGUCCGGCGCAGCGAAAUUUUUGCUGAGCUCGCAAAGUCUACAGACGCUAACUCUCGUAGUCAGAUUCCGUUAGCCAUAGUUUUCAAGUUUUGGGCAUUGUUCGCUCUUGGAGAGCUGUACACGUCAAGAUGCACUCGUGCAGAAGAAACAUUUCCCGGGUUAUCUGCCUUUGCGUAUGCUAGUCAAUCUCUUCGUGUUGUUAGCGAAAGACCACAUCUCGAUGUUGUCGAAACCAUAUUACUACUUGCAUUAUACUCCCUUGAGGUUAAUCGUCGCCAUUCAACCUAUGUAUUGAUUGGUACUGCCAUACGGUUACAGAAUGUCAUGGGUCUUCAUCUCAAUAUUGAUCGCAAUCACAUAUCAGACCCUGAGAUCCGGGAGCAUCGCAACCGUCUCUGGUGGACAACUUAUGUUCUAGACCGAAUGAUUUCCUCCAAGACCGGGCUUCCAGUUUCAAUCUCUGACCAGGAUAUCACCGUUGACCUGCCAUCUGAUGCAUGUCAGGAAAAGUCCGAGGAUUUUAUGGAACAUAGUGUUCUUGUCAUAAAUGUGAAUUUAGCGAAAAUAGCAGGCAGCAUCAAUCAGUUGGUAUACACCAGAAAAUCCCCCAAAGAGCCAUUCUUGGAAAGGGUGCAAGCCGUGAACGAAGAGCUACAGCAGUUGUCGAAUACUAUAACGCAUCAAAAGCAGGUUUGUACAGACCAAAAAAGUAUUGACACCGAGUGUUGGGUCAAUUUGCAACUCACAUCUAACCAGUUACGUAUUGUAGCUAGUAGACCUGUUCUACUUUACAUUUUCUGCCAUCACAUUGCAACACACAAAAAGCUUAACAUACAAACGCAAAUUCCUGAUUUGGCGCAGACUUUGGCCGAGUCUUGUGUCCACUAUGCUCGGGAGUCGUGUGAUUUGUUGUUAGAAUGCUGGAGUGAUGGAAUCUUUGAUACCUUUAAUUACUCAUUUACACAGUACCUCUUCUCGUCCGCGGUUGUUCUGGCGAUAUCAAGUUCAAUAGAGUCAAGUAACUCCCAGAGUGAUCUAGAAAGAUUUCAAUUUGCUACUAGCCUUCUCGAACGGCUUGACCAAAACGGCAAUUUUGCAGCGAAAGAGUUCUGCUGUCACAUCCGAAGUACAACAUCCGUUCUUCAAGCUCUAAUUCACCAGAGAGAAACGGAGACAAGUCGAACGAUUUCAGAGACAUCGCUAGACUUGACUCGAGCGAGCAACGAGACUUCGCAGACAUUUGACGAUCAACUAGGCCCUGAAGCAACUCUACAAUAUAUAAGUGGCGAUCAGGCUCUCAGCUUAUCAUUCUUGGACGCAUUUUUGACCCAAGAGGAGUUGCAGCAAAUAUUUCCUGUUACCUUAUAGGUGGAAGCAAAUCAUUUCGAGAGGGUUUUUAUCUUGAAAAAACGAUUAUAUGUUAUAUUUUCAAUGUUGAUGUAAUGAUUUACUAGAUUCGAUAAUAAAAAAGUAAUACUUUUCCCUUGGUUUUUGUUCUCAUUUAUUAACACUAUUAUUUGAAACCAUCUUAAACAAGAGUUA